GCUUAUAUCAGCGCCUGCACAGAGCCGUCCUGCACACGACCAACCAGAUAUAGCCAUCUACAACUACUCCAUACAGUGAUUCAUUAGUCAUACAAUGAUAGGUUUAGAAGAUGAGCGUACGAAGGACAUGUGUCCGAUCUGUAAAACAGACAAGUACCUUUCGCCCAACAUGACGUUUCUAAUCAACCCCGAGUGUUACCACAAGAUCUGCGAGUCCUGUGUGGAUAGAAUCUUCUCGUUGGGCCCAGCCCCAUGCCCAUACCCCAAGUGUGGCAAGAUCUUGCGGAAGAACAAGUUCAAGAAGCAGAUCUUCGAUGAUAUCUUGAUUGAACGAGAGAUCGAUAUCCGGAAGCGAAUCAGCAAUAUAUUCAACAAGACAGAGGAAGACUUCCCCAGUUUGGACGAGUACAACCAGUACUUGGAGAAGGUAGAAAACGUGAUCUUCAACCUCAACAAUGGUGUGGACAAGGAGAAGACAGAGGAAGAGGUCAACAAGUAUGAAGCAGAAAACAAGAUAGAGAUCUUGGAGAAGAGCAUGAGAGAGAGUCAAAAGAACUCAGACUUCACCAAAUACCAGGAGGCUGUCGAGAGGUUGAAGCAGGAGAAGUUGAGGAUUCAGAAGCAAAUGGAAAUCGAAGACAUCCAAUACCAAAAGCAACAGCAGCAAGAAUUGCUCGACAAAUUGUCUUCGUCCAACACUGCAAACUCCGACGAGAUUAUCAAGCAACAACAGUCCAAUAUGCAGAAGAGGUCGCAGUUCAGAAAGAGACAGUUGCAGCAGUUGACAUCCCAGCUUGACCAAAACUUCUCCAAGAACAACCCAUUAACAAAGAAGGAGGUUGACAACGAGCCAAAGGCUCCAUUCACUCCAUUCCAAGGCGACCGUGAAUUGAAGAAGCGUUACGAAUUGUUACCAAUACCGCGUGACGUCGAUGACUUGUUGGAUAUCGACAACCAUGCCGAUGAGACGUACCAAGAUCCAUACGUUAACAAGUUGGCCAAGAACAAGGAAUAUUUGGGCGCAGGCUGGAGAUUGCAUACCGUAUUUGAAAGGGCCUUGGACGAAGCAUUCAUGGGUUUGGGGUGUUUUAUUGAGAAGGAAAAGAUGGUGAGUUGAGCUAUGCUAAAGAAGAAAUUAAUAUAUCAAAAGGGUCCAGCACAUUCAGACUCAACCAUACACAAUUUGAAAAUGCUACGAUGAUUGAUCAACCAAGAAUAAGAAUGCUAAUAAGCAUUCCAGACGAUUGCAUGCUACAC